AUGUCUAUCCCGCAACGCAUCGCGCCCUCUGCGCAAGUCCUCAGAGACUUCUACCUCGGCAAGGAUGUGCACGACGUCCCGAAGCCAGCAGCGGUCUUGGACGUGGCCAAGAUUCGGAGGCAUUGCCAGUCGAUGCUGGACGCCGUAGAGUCGCUCGGAGUGGGGUUCCGGGCUCAUGUAAAGACUCACAAGACAAAGGAAGUCGCCCGUCUUCAGGCCGGAGAAAAGUCCCAAGAGGUCAACUUCAUCGUCUCUACUGUGGCGGAGAUCGAGCACCUGCUGCCGGUCUUUGACGACUUCAAGCAGGCCGGCCGACGUGUCAACGUGCUCUACGGAGUCCCGCUCCUCGGGUCCCAGGUCGUCCGACUAGCGGCCUUGAGCAAGCACCUCGGACACAACGGCCUCGCAGUCAUCGUCGACCACCCGUCGCAGCUCGAGUCCGUCGGCCGUCUGCAGGAACUCGGCGGUUUCCCCGUCGGCGUGUUUCUGAAAGUGGACACAGGCUACCACCGGGCAGGUCUGCCGGCGGCGGCGCUCAACAAGGGAGGGCUGCUGGCACAGCUCGUCCAGCUCGAUGCCGAGGGCCGGGCGACCCUUUUGGGGCUGUACUCCCACAGCAGCCUGAGCUACAAAGACACGACGGCCGACCAGGCGAUGCACAACCUGGCCGACGAGAUCGAGGGCUGCCUCGAGGCCCUGCACGCCCACGCGGACCUCCUCCUGAGCCGAGGCCCGAGAGAGAUCACCGUCAGCGUCGGCGCGUCCCCGCAGGUCACUUCCAUCGAGAACCUGACGGCGCGCGCGGAAGGGGGACCGGGCGAGCACCGCCUGCGCGCGGCGAUUAGCAGCAUGACCAUGGCCGGGGCCGAGGCGCGGGAGGGGUUGAGGCCGAAGCUCGAGCUACACGCCGGCGUGUACUCGGUCCUCGACAUGCAGCAAGUGUCCACCCGCUCGAGGACGAGCCUCGGCGGCUACGAGGACGAAGUGGCCAUCACCGUGGCCGCCGAGGUCUGCAGCGUCUACAACGACGGCGAGCGGGCGCAGCCCGAGGUCCUGGUUGCCGUCGGCACGCUGGGCCUGGGGAGGGAACCAUGCCCGUCGUACAGCGGCUGGGGCGUCACCGGCCACCGGCCGUUCCCUGGACGCGAAGAGGGUCGGAGGCUCGUCGUGGAGAGGAUCAGCCAGGAGCAUUCCGUCCUCUCGUGGGAUUCGGGCUCGGGGGAGGAGGAGGGGCCCGGUCUGCCGCCGAUUCCGCUGGAGGUCGGGCAGACGGUCGACAUCUACCCCAACCAUGCGUGCGUAACGGGGGCUUUAUACGGGUGGUACCUCGUAGUGGACUCAAGCCGGCCCGACAAAAGGCAGAUUGUGGACGUCUGGGUCCGGGGAUCUGGGUGGUGA